CUCUCUCUCUCUCUCUCUCUCAUUCUCUCCCGCUCCGACUCUCUCUCUCUCUCUCUCUCUCUCUCUCUCUCUCCCCCCCAAACUCAUCAUCUCCCGUACUCGUCCUCCAAAACCCUACUCUGGAGCUAUCACCUCCCCCAAACCCACCUCCUCCACCGCACCGGAGCACUCCACGCUCGCAUCUCGCCGCUGAAGCAUCUCGCGAGCGCCGGCCGCCUCCGCCGCACGCCCGCCGUCGCUCCGCCUGGCUCCACCUCUCAUCGGGCGGCGCCGACAGGGAUGAGCUCAAGGUGCGCACGGAUCACAAAUUGCGGCCAAAUUAGUGGAAAUUAGUGAAAAUCUCGAUCAGGCAGAAGCUAAAAUACCAAGAUUUAAUCAAGCAGUACAGAAAGAUUAAUGCGAAAAAAAGAAAAUGUCAAAGAGAGAGGGAGAGAGUCAGAGAGUUAGAGAGGAAGAGAAUGAUAGAGAGAGACAGAGAGAUGAGAAGGAGAGAAAACGUUUAUUAAACCCUCUUUACAACAGCCUAAAGGAGAGAAGACAUCUAUUAUACCCCUAGUACAGCAGCAUGGAUCUCGAGACAAUCCUAUGAUGGAUUUCGUUGAACUAGAAAACAACCAGCAUGUGUCAGAAGCAUUUUCCGAUCAGCUAUCUUUACCUAGUUCCCCUGGUACAAAUGAGAUCUAUGACGAAUCACCAAUAUGCCCUCGUAUAGGUGAGCAGUUCCAGGUAGGAAUUCCAAAUUUGGCAACAGAAGCUGAACGCCAGCAGCUAUGGUCUUGCCCAACUGAUAAUGGCCUCAUGCUCCGGUUCAAUUAUCCUGUGGGAAUAGGAUUAUCUAUUCCAAUUAUGUGGGUUCAUCAUCAAAAUGUCAGCAUCAAAGAAGAAGGAAAAGACUCAAAAGUGAAUAGAAGUGGAUGUAAAGAAGAAAAUUCAUACGAUCACGGGACACUUUCUAAAACUUUGAUAUGUAAAGUUGAAUCUGGAAAUGACCAAGAAUACAUUCCACUUCCUGGUUCAUCGACCUCCUCUUGGAGUGAUGUGGAGGCGCAGUGUUUUCUCCUUGGACUUUAUAUUUUCGGGAAGAAUCUUGAACAGCUUAGAAAAUUUGUAGUGUGUAAAAUGAUGGGGGAUAUAUUAUCCUACUAUUAUGGGAGCUUCUAUAGGUCUGAGGCAUAUCGAAGAUGGUCAGAGUGUAGAAAGAUAAGAAGCAGGAGGUGCAUACUUGGGCAGCGCAUUUUUACAGGUUGGAGACAGCAGGAGUUGUUGUCACGCUUGCUUCCUGCAAUACCGAAAGGAGCCCAGGAUUCUUUGCUUGAGGUUGUCAAGUCAUUCAAUGAGGGCAGAGCUUCUUUUGAGGAAUUCAUUUUUACUUUGAAAUCCAUUGUUGGUACACAAGCCCUCAUAGAAGCCAUCGGAAUCGGCAAGGGAAAGCAAGAUCUCACUGGAGUCAUUCUGGAUCCAAUCAGAUCGAACCAACCUGCCUCUUCCCGAUCCGAAAUACCUGUCGGCAAAGCAUGCUCCUCUCUCACAUCCAGCGACAUAAUCAAGUUCUUAACCGGUGAUUUCAGGUUGAGCAAGGCAAGAUCAAACGAUCUUUUCUGGGAAGCUGUUUGGCCUCGCCUUCUUGCAAGAGGGUGGCACUCUGAACAGCCAAAGCACCUCAAUACUGUUGGUUCAAAGAACACACUAGUAUUUCUCAUGCCGAGUAUUAAGAAGUUUUCGAGAAAGAAGCUCGUGAAAGGCGAUCAUUACUUCGAUUCGGUUAGUGAUGUAUUGAGCAAAGUAGCAUCUGACCCAAGGCUUUUGGAGUUAGAAGGUGAUGGUGUUGAUGAAAAUGGGUGGGCUGUGGAUACUAGCAAUACCAACAAAGAUGGUAUGUCUGAUCAGCAUCGGCGAAGCUAUCUCCGCCCGAAGCUUCCAAAUUGCAACUCAGAACUUAUGAAAUUUACUGUUGUGGACACUAGCUUAGUUCAAGGAGAGGGGCCAUUCAAGGUGAGAGAACUGAGGAGUUUACCUAUUGAUGUUGCGUUUAAUUAUGAACCUUCUUCAGCUCAUUCUACAAAGAGUGAGAGCUCGUCAGAGCAGUCGGAUUCUGAUGAGAGCUCAUUGGACGAUCAAGGAAGUUCCGAUCAACAUACACUUGAUGAUAAGAAUCUCGGAAAAAGCACAAAUAUGGAGAUUAAUGGUCAUGUUUCUGAUGGUCAACUCUUUGAUGCCUUAAACAGUAAAACUUCUAUUAAGGAUGAAAUGUGUUACCUAAGCCAAAGGACAAAACCGGGGCAGCAAGUGUAUCUAUCCCCUAUAGUGAAAAGGAGAAGAUUAGCCGCCACAUCGAAGUAUGACGGGAGUGGUCGCCGAACUGCUUUUGCAAGAUGCCAUCAGUUGAAUAAAGAGGAAACCGAUCGAAAGUUGGAUUCACCUAAAGCAAACGAAGUCGGAGGAGAGGAUGCCCUUAAUCACAGGAACAAGGCCAUUGACUCCUCAACUAAAGAUAGCCCAGGCGAGGGAAAAAAUCAUGUAAAAACUGAGGAAAAGGCCAUAAAGGAAGAGCCUCAUCUUCAACCGCACUCUUUCAUCGAUCUAAACAUUCCACAAGAACCACCAGAACAUGAGAUUGGCGAAAACUUGUCCAUAGCUUUGUCGGUGAGCAAGGAUGGGCCAUCAAAUUCAGAUAAACGUGCAUAUACGUCAGAAACCAAGCCAGCGGAUGUAGAAACUUCUAAUAAUGAGACGAAUAUCGAGAUGAAGACUUGGAGGCAGAGCACCAGAAACCGACCGCCAACUACUAGGGCUUUGGAGGCUCUUGCAUGUGGGUUUAUUGGCACAAAGAGGAAGAGCCGGGACGUGAAGGUGCCAUCUUCGAGGCCCUCUCGACGGGCCCGCAAACCGGUUGAAGCCCACGUGCCUUCUUCAUCCCCUAGUAUCGGAGAUUCAAGUCCUGUAAUAGAUGACUUGCAGAAGAGCAACAUGAAUAACACAGUUCCAUUGAGCGAGUCCCAUCCGCCUUCCGAUACAAAAGGGACUCACGAGCUUGGAGUACCUUAGCCCACAUUAGGGUUUGGUUGCUAGAGGCCAACUCAGUGGGUGGAUCUUCAUUCUCAAUGUGUCCAAGGAAUGGUGGGGUAGUGAGAAGUUGAUGAUUUAUCAGUUGAAAAUCCUUUCCUUUCCUCAAUAUAGAACUGGUCUAGAGGAGAUUGAAAACACAUUCUAUGGUCUCAAGGUGAUUGAUUAUUGGCUUCAUUUUCCUGUUUAGGUGGAGCUAGAACACCUAAGAGGCUUAAUAAGAUUCAGCUUCACUAUGGGUAUUCUUGAGGAGGUAUCACACUGGCUCAUCCGUCGACUUAAAACUCAUUAAGAGUACUUCGUGAAUUCUACUUGUUAUUGCUGCUCAAUUGGGCUUAUUCAUCAUGUAAUUGACAGAAUAAAUUGAAGAGCAGUUGCUAACUUGGCCUUCAAGAUGGAAUACAAAAGAAGUUGGUUAGUUUCAUUUGAUACUUUAGCAAUCAAGUCAUGUUCUAUGCUUCCUUGUAAUGCAAACUUUACAUUAUUGUAUCAUCGUAAGCAUUGUAAAAGUUGUUUUCUUUUAGUUGGUAA